GGCCGCGAUUUUAUUAGCGCUCGGUUGGGGUGGCCGGGCUGCCGGCGUGCGGGGUUUCCCCGCCCCUCCCCCUGCCCCUUCCCCCACCGGGCGGCGGGAACCUCCCUGCGGAGCGGAGUGAUACCGGCGGCGGCGUAGAGCGCGGCGCGGCCGAGAGGGGCGCCCGGGAUUGCGCGGGGCGGGCGGCGGCGACGGGAGGUGGGGAGAGAGGCGGGGCCGGGGCGGGUUGUUGUGAGGCGACUGCGCUACUGCCGGAGCGGGGCGGUUAUGGCGGCUCCAUAUUAACAGCCUCCUCCUCCUCCUCCUUUCCCUCCCGCCCGCGCUCUAAGCCAUCUCCCCCUUCACCCUGACGCCUACCUCUUCCCCUCACCUUGCCCCCUCCCCUGUUCUACCAUGCCCGGCAUGAUGGAGAAAGGGCCCGAGUUACUGGGGAAGAACCGAUCGGCCAACGGCAGCGCCAAGAGCCCUGCGGGCGGCGGCGGCACCGGCGCCUCGUCCACCAACGGCGGGCUGCACUACUCGGAGCCCGAGAGCGGCUGCAGCAGCGACGACGAGCACGGUGAUGUUGGGAUGAGAGUCGGAGCCGAAUACCAAGCUCGGAUCCCUGAAUUUGAUCCAGGUGCUACAAAGUACACAGAUAAAGACAAUGGAGGGAUGCUUGUAUGGUCUCCAUAUCACAGUAUCCCAGAUGCCAAAUUGGAUGAAUACAUUGCAAUUGCAAAGGAGAAGCAUGGCUACAAUGUGGAGCAGGCACUUGGCAUGUUGUUCUGGCAUAAACAUAACAUUGAGAAGUCCCUUGCUGAUCUCCCUAAUUUCACUCCCUUUCCGGAUGAGUGGACAGUGGAAGAUAAAGUCCUAUUUGAACAAGCCUUUAGUUUUCAUGGAAAGAGCUUUCACAGGAUUCAGCAAAUGCUUCCAGAUAAGACAAUUGCAAGCCUUGUAAAAUAUUACUAUUCCUGGAAAAAAACUCGCUCUCGGACAAGUUUGAUGGAUCGCCAGGCUCGUAAACUAGCCAAUAGACAUAAUCAGGGUGACAGUGAUGAUGAUGUAGAAGAACCGCAUCCAAUGGAUGGGAAUGAUAGUGAUUAUGAUCCCAAAAAAGAAGCCAAAAAAGAGGGUAAUACUGAACAACCUGUCCAAACUAGCAAGAUUGGACUUGGAAGAAGAGAGUAUCAGAGUUUACAACAUCGCCAUCAUUCUCAGCGUUCUAAGUGCCGUCCACCUAAGGGCAUGUAUUUAACCCAGGAAGAUGUGGUAGCAGUUUCCUGUAGUCCCAAUGCAGCCAACACCAUUCUGAGGCAGCUGGACAUGGAGCUGAUCUCUCUAAAACGUCAGGUUCAGAAUGCUAAGCAAGUAAACAGUGCACUUAAACAGAAAAUGGAAGGUGGAAUUGAAGAAUUCAAACCUCCUGAGUCAAAUCAGAAAAUUAAUGCCCGUUGGACCACAGAGGAGCAGCUUCUAGCAGUGCAAGGUGUCCGCAAAUAUGGUAAAGAUUUUCAAGCUAUUGCAGAUGUAAUUGGCAACAAGACUGUUGGCCAAGUGAAGAACUUCUUUGUAAACUACAGGCGUCGGUUUAACUUAGAGGAGGUAUUGCAGGAGUGGGAAGCAGAACAAGGAACCCAGGCUUCUAAUGGUGAUGCUUCUACUUUAGGGGAGGAGACAAAAAGUGCUUCUAAUGUGCCAUCAGGGAAGAGCACUGAUGAAGAAGAGGAGGCACAGACCCCACAGGCUCCUCGGACACUGGGUCCAUCACCUCCUGCCCCAUCAUCCACUCCAACACCAACAGCCCCCAUUGCCACUCUGAACCAGCCUCCACCACUUCUUCGUCCAACACUGCCUGCUGCCCCUGCUCUUCACCGGCAGCCUCCUCCACUCCAGCAACAGGCUCGGUUCAUCCAGCCCCGGCCAACUUUAAAUCAGCCUCCACCACCUCUUAUUCGCCCUGCUAAUUCUAUGCCACCCCGUCUAAACCCAAGACCAGUAUUGUCCACGGUUGGUGGUCAACAGCCACCUUCCCUUAUUGGAAUUCAGACAGAUUCACAGUCCUCACUGCACUAAAAAUUAAAUUGGACAGAGCUGCAGUAACUUUUCACCCCAUCAUUAUACCAGUGCUCAUCUGACUGAUGAAAAAGGGGAAAGAAUAAUCCUUUCUAGAUAAUGAGGCUGCAAACUAGUUCUGUGGCAGUGGACUAGCAUAAGUGGAUGUCUAAGAAACUUUUCGGUUCACUAGACUAAAAUGUUAUACAACAAAAAGCCUCCAGUUAGCCUCCUUUCUAGAGUAUAUGUUCAGCAAUGUUGCUCUCAUAAAAGGAAAAAAGAAUUUAAGUAUUCUGUAUACCAAGUUUUUGUUUUGUUUUUACUGUAUUUAUUUUAUUGAGGUUCUUUAUAUUCCUGCCUCUUCUUAGUCAAGGCUUUUAGUACAGGAAUAUUGACUUAGGAAUUGUGAAAACUCCAUAAGUUUCUUAAGUUAAGGAUGUUUGGCUUCUUUCUUUAAUUUAAUUUUUUAAAAAACAUUUUCCUAUGUUAGGAGUGCAAGAAUAGCCGGCAUUUUUGACGUAUGUUCAUUUUAUGCAUAUUUAAGAAAUUAUAGCUGCAUAUCCCUUCUUUCAAAAAAUGUUGCUUUUUUUCCUAAAGGAAUUUAAAUAUAUUCCUUUAAAAGAAAGCAGUUUAAUCAAUUGCAAAGCAAUUAUAUGAAACCACAAAGAAUGUACUGAACUUACUAACCCUUUAACAUACAGUGUAGGGUCCUAGCGCAGAGUCCUUGUUUAAAGGUCAUUGACUCAUCAUCUAUUAGUAAUGAGAGGAUUGGAAGAACAAUCUUACUUACAAAUGAGGACUUAAUUUGUUGAAAUAUAAUCUCUUUAAGUUCCUUGAAAAUGGAGUUAAUUUUGGAAAAAAAAAUUUUUUGUUUCUAAAUGCUAUCUGCUUUUAACUAGUAGUUGCCUACAUUUGGGGACUUCAGAGCAUAAUUAUAUUUUGUUAGUUAUGUAGACAUAGUGGUUAUGGAAGCAUUUAUUUACAGUACCUUUUUUGUGUUUGGUUUCUGAACUUAAAAUUGCCCUCAUACUUAAUAAUAUGGUCUGCAUUUAAUAUGAAAGGUGUUUUCUUGGUAAAUCUCUAUUGUACUAUUUGGAUACAUUUGUGUAUUCCUUGCAGCCAACCUGUAUCCGUGGGAUUGGUUUAGGGUUAAAUCAUCAACAUAUUUCAUAAAAUAAAUUUAAGAAUUUGUUCUGUGUUAUCUAAAGAUGUAUCAGUAUAUUGUCACAAUUGUGCUGUUAACUAAAAAUGCUGAGACCCUUUUUCAUAGGAAAAAAAGACAUCAAGUCUUAACCCAUAAUCAUUAAGCACUUAACAAAGAAUAUUUUACAAGUGAUAAUAUUUCAACAAUGUGUAAUUAGUAUUUUUGAUACAAUGAUUUCAUAUUGGAAUCAUUAUUUGUGCAAAGGGACAGAUCACUUAGAUUGCUAUACGAGUGGACAUAGGCUAAAUGUUUGCACAUUCACAUUCUUAUCACGUGUAGAAUACUUCACAACAUAGUCAACAUCUAAGGCCCUAAUUUAUGUUUUGAAAGAUCAUGUGUACCCAAAGUAUUUUCUAUCACUGGCUUCACAGCAUUAAAAUGCUAUAGAUUUAAAUUCAUUGAUUAGUUUAAUUUUUGAUUUUAACCAUUUAUUUCCAAAAAUACCCUAUGCACUGGCAUAUCUGAAACUCUUUUCCAGCAUGGGUCCUGUUCUUUCUCAUUGGAUUAUCUUAAAUAGUUCUUGGCCCUGGAUUAUAACCAGAUAAAGUUUAGUUGAUUUAAAAUUCUUAAUAUUCAAGAAUUUAUACGUAUUUUUUUUUAAAAGCCACAGGGGACAGUUAGAUAUCUUAAAAUAUCUAAAGCAUUUUUUUAAGCAGGUAGAUUGUCUUGCGUAUGUGCAUACUAUACCUUUACAGCGUUUGUUGUCUUGUCUCUUGUCAGUAGACCUUCAGUACACAGUAUGUGGGAUAUGUCAGUCAAGUUGGUCAGCACCAGCAACUGUCCAGCUGUUCAGUAUAUUGUGAUUCAUUAAAAAAUCUGUUCUAUCCCAGACAUGGGCCAAGGUGCUGUAUCUGAGGGAUGUGCUGUAAUUUGAUUUACAUACAUUAGAGCACACAGUAGAAAAACCUUAGCUUAAUUAGUAAUACGACACAUGUAUAUAGUGAGAUGUCUUUAUUGUGUGCUUUGCAUAUUUUGUAAAUAUUUUGCACGUCAUUAUUUUUCUUUUUUGUUUAAGCAGUGUUUGGCCUGGAAGAGUGAUAUGCUUGCUGCUUAAUCAAAGGAUUAAAGAUUUAAAGAUGUCUAUGUCUUCUAUUUUUAUAUAAUUUAAUGUUCUAUGAGGAAUUUAGUACCUCUUCACUGUGAAAUUCGAAGUAAUGAUUUUUAUAAAAGCAAAGCUAGGACUUUUAAUGGCAAUUUUCAUUAAUUUCAGGGUUAUCAUUUUUGAAAAAUAUACACCAGAGUGUCUUUUUAAAAUUACAUAACUAAAAAUAAACCUCACACUGUGGAUACAGCUUAUAAAACUAA